AUGAGCCAGAAUGGCAGCACGGCGGCAGCCAAACCCCCCGCGGGUCAAAAUGCGACCGCACGUGCAGGAAUAAAAAAGAUAUCCAGGCUCUUUGCCUUUACACGACUUGGCCGCGGCCGUCCGGAGAGCCCCCAUGCGCAUAUCCAAACCGAAGACUCUGCUUCCACGAGAGAAAGUUCCCCCGAUGUUCACCAACUCACGUCCCGACGGCGCCGCGGCGCAGGACCAGAACCAAGGAGACCUGCAAGAAAUGGUCUUACUCGCCUAGUCGCCGACGAAGAAAACCAGGCCUGCGCUAUCUGCGCGACGAUCGACUUUCCCGCCCUGCUCAAUUGGCGCCCAGGUCAACCGCGGCCUUGGAUUCCACUAGCUCACACUCUCGCUGAGCUGUCUGCCUGUCCAUACUGUAUCUUCUUCCAAGCACUGGUGGGCGGCGAGCCGGAUACCACGCGCAAGUUCACGCCUUAUCUACGAAUUCGCCAGGCCUUUGAACGCCUCGGGGUUAGAGAAAAGCACGAGCUUGGAGGCGCUGUGUUGUUCGAGGUCAGUACCAAGAGCAAGGUGCUACCAUGGGGAUAUAUCGUACGACUUAUCGAGGGAGAGGAUGAUAUGGCUGGAUACAAAGAAGCUACGCCGGCGAUUCGAGGUCGUGUGAUACCUCCCAAACUUGACGUUGCGUUACCCCGGAUAUGGAUCGACUAUUGCAUGUCGAAUCACAAAGACACACCAUGCGCUUCGAAAGGAGCGCCGAUGCGGGGCCUUAAGCUUGUGGACUGUCGGAAUAAUGAGGUGGUGUUUGUUGACGAUCUCAAUACCGAGACGAUCGAGUACGUAACGCUAAGCUAUGUACGAGGCACCCCGACAGAUGACGAAUGGGAUCACAAGGGACUACCCGAAGAGCUACCCCCAUUACUCACUGAUGCCAUAUCUGUGACCAAGUCUCUCGGUUUCCGCUAUCUCUGGAUCGACCGAUUCUGCUUUCCCCAGUUCAGCGCAGUUGAAAGACGACGACAAUUAGACAAGAUGGGAGAAAUAUACGCGCGAUCUGCCUUGACCAUCAUUGUUGCGGCUGGCCAAGGUGUACAAGACGGUAUCCCUGGCAUUAUCUACUUCCAGUGCCAAACAUUGCAUUGCCAUGAAUCAAUUUCUUUCCCUCUACGAACACACCCCACCCUCAACCUUGGCCGUGCCUUUCCAGACAAUGCUAUUGGAAGCCGUGCGAAUACCUACAAGAACAUUGCCAGCGGCUAUUUCAGCCGUGAAUUCACCAUCCCAGAAGACCGAUUAGACGCUUUCAGGGGCAUUACGGACCGUUAUGCUCAGCUAGAUGACCCUCUAGACAGUAUUCUUGGCCUUCCUCUCUAUCAUACCAAGGACUUCAAAAAUCUACCAAAUCCUAACCGGACAGACCGUCUCGCCGUCGGCCUCGGCUGGUACUACGAUCCUCCAGGUGAUGUCGAUCUAUCGACACAUCCCAUGCAGCGCCAAGGCCCAUUCCCUUCAUGGACCUGGCUUGGUUGGAAGCUUCGACCCGAGUAUACUGGCCAUGGACCUAAUCUGAACUUUUACCAAGUUGGCGACAACACACCUCUCAUUGACAAUGUCUCGGCUGUCCCAAACAUGACCGUCUCCCUUGGUUUCAAGGAUGAUCAGAUCCUCGACUGGGAGACACAGGGUGAGGAGAUUGCUGCCCGCUCAACACCCAUCUCGUUUCUACGUCUCACGACAUACUGCUUCGAAAUUCGCCUUACUGUGCCGCCUCCUCCUGACAACUCAACUUCAAAAUCUUCCGACGACCCCACAAUCACACUUGCGUCGCCCGACCUCCUCGACGCUCUCCACUCUCCCGUUGCUGCACUUCUCCUCCGUGCUGCACAAUCUUCUCCAGAUUCUCCCGAGACGGCAUCGGAACCUCCGCCUGGCGAGCAUGAGCUCAUUGGUUGCUUUAUCUCUGGUCGAGACUGGAAGAUUGAUGAGUCCUACCAGUCUGCCAACGUUCUCAUCUGUGGUCGCCGAAAUUGGGAUGCUGAUGAUGUACUGGUUCGUCUGGGCACACUUGAGCUCGGCGUUGGUGGCUUGCUAGGUGUCGACGAGGACACAGCUGUCGUCAAGGGAGCGAUGAACAAUGAUAGGCGGUUAGAUGUACAGCUGAAAGAGCUUGAUAUAUACUAA